GAAGAACGUAUAUGAUAAACGUAAUUUCACAAGCAUCAUUUAAAAUUACACAACUUCUCAUCCACAUCUGUAUAAAGCUCAGUUGAAAAGGACCUACAUAUUUCAUACCAUUGUACAUUGUAAAAAGCUUUGAAUGGAAUAAUUGCCAUGGCUUUUAAUGAUAUCCUGGUGUCUAUUGGUGGAGUUGGGUGCUUUCAGAUAUUGCAUACUAUUCUUCUUUUGGUACCUGUGGCCUUGUUAUCUUGUCAUAACCUUCUACAGAACUUCACCGGAGCUGUGCCUGAUCACUUCUGCAAACUUCCCUCUGCCAGAGUCAUGAACAGCCACGAUGAGACACGGCUUUUCAAGUUGUACAUCCCAUUGGACAAGAACAAAAAGCUACAGAGGUGCGCCCGUUACCAAAUUGUCGAAGGAUUUCUGCUCAACGCCACAGCACAUCAGUGGGAAGAAAAGGGCACUGAAUUUUGCAAGGAUGGAUGGAUCUAUGACAGAAGUGUCUUCUCCUCUACAAUUGUUACUGAGUGGAAUCUUGUUUGUAACCAUAGCUCGCUGAAACAGAUAGCACGAUCCAUCUACAUGACAGGCGUGCUUCUGGGAGCUCUAGUCUUUGGCAGCCUGGCUGACAAGGUAGGCCGAAUGGAGAUCCUGACGUGGUCAUACUUGCAGAUGGGUGUAGCUGGCACUUGUGCUGCAUUUCUGCCAACCUUCGAUGCCUACUGUGCAUUCCGCUUCCUAUGUGGUGUGGCUUCCUCUGCUAUCUCUGUCAAUAGCAUUUCUUUAAUACUAGAAUGGAUGCCCAAAGAUGGCCGCACACUGGCUGGAAACUUCUUUGGUAUCUCAUACUCGUUCGGACAAUUGGUUCUGUCUGCUAUGGCGUACAAGAUCAGAGACUGGAGAUUGCUUCAGUUUGCCGUCUCAGCUCCAUUUUGUAUCUUCUUCAUCUAUUCCUGGUGGUUACCAGAAUCUGCACGAUGGCUAAUUCUUCGGGAUGAGCCAGAAAAAGCUUUGAAUCACCUUCGAAAAGCUGCCAAUGUUAAUGGGAAAAAAAAGGAAGGAGAAAAAUUAACCGUACAGAUACUGUGCUCUGAGAUGCAGAAAGACAUCCUGAUAAUAAGGGCAUCGCACUCAGUGUUUGACCUUGUCCGUACUCCGACUAUGAGGCGCAUGUCCCUGAGUCUCAUUAUAGUUUGGUUUUCAAGUAACUUUGCCUACUAUGGGCUGAGCAUGGAUCUGAAGGACUUUGGGCUUGGUGUAUUCCUAGCACAGGCGCUGUUUGGGGGUGUAGAAAUGAUUGCGAAGCUCAUAGUGAUGUUGUUGAUGACCUUGGUGGGCAGACGAGUCAUGCAGUUUGCUUCCCUGUUCAUGGCUGGAGUAUUGGUUGUAUCUUACAGCUUCAUGCCUCAAGAUAAGAAUCUGCUGUGUACAGCCCUGGCAGUGACAGGAAAAGCUUUCCUGGCAUGUGCUAUAACCUGCAUGUACUUGUAUACUGGAGAGCUGUAUCCUACAGAAAUAAGGCAAACUGGAAUGGGUUUUAGUGCUAUGAAUGCUCGCCUGGGCUCCGCUGUUGCCUCGAUUCUGCAUCUAACAGGAGAUUUCUCUUUUACAAUACUUCCUAUGAUGUUCGGAAUCGCUCCUAUUAUUGCAGGCUUUUUCUCUUGCUUCCUAAUGGAAACCAAAGAUUCCCACUUACCUGACACUAUUAAUGAAGUGGAAAAUAGGAAUAUAGAUAAAUCAUCAGAUUCUGAAGAGUCAGAUUGUGAAGCGUUCACUUAUAAGGUUCAUUUAAAAGAAAUUCCAUGAUGGCCAACACAGUCUCUAGAUGAGUCCUGACCAAGGAUGUCUUGAAGAGUUAUAGCUGUGAACAGGUUCAAACAGCGUUAUGGAGAUUUGGUCACUGUGAUGUUCUUAGCAGAUAGAAGAAUCACGUGAGGGUUCUUUAAAGAUGCUUUGUGAUGCUGCAAUUUAAUGGAGAACAGUGGGGGAGUUGAAUAUAUGUUAAAAAAUAGGUAUUUACAGUAUUUUUUAAUUUUGUUUUCUCAAUAAAGUAUGUAAGAGAAAAGGAAACGUAACAUUUUCAUAGUAUUAAUGUCUGUAACUUUUUCUAGAAUUUAGUAAAAUAUCCUAGUCGCUUUUCAGCAUUUGAUCCAUGUUUACAAUUAAGAAUGUUUGCAGUGGGGGAAUAAAACUAUAUUUCAGGGUAUGACCCAAGACAUUGUGUAUUCUCGAUCAUCUUGAGAAGAGGGAAAUAAUAUUAGAUGUAUUUUUUCUUGUGGAAUACUGUGAAGUUAAUAUAUGAGCCCUUUAUAUCCUGGCCAGUAGUGUUGCUCAAAC